GCAGUCAAUAAUUAUCUUCUUUGAAUGCUAAUUAUUUAAUACCAAAAUGCAAUUAAAAACUUUACAAAACACAAUUGAAUAUUUGCGCAAUCAUAUGCUGAAUACCGAUGAAUCAGCUGAAAAUGUAAAUCAAAGCGAAGAAGUUAAUCCAGUUGUGAUACGAAAGACGCCAAAAUUUCUUACCCGUGAACGUCAAUUAGCCUUCAGACGUCGGAAACAGCCUUCAAGUCCCGAGUCGCAAAAGUCUGAGAGUUUACAACUUAGCAUUGAUAGUGAAAGUUCAUCGGAGAAUGAAAAAACCUGUCAAGCAUGUAAAUGUCCACGUGAAAAUCACGAAAUUUAUCACGAGCAAUUGCAGAAUGUUAGGGAAAGACUUGGCGUGAAAAUCGAUUCGAAAACUUCACAAAUUGAUCCCAAGAAAUUGGGCUUCACAUGGACACCACCAGGAAUUCUUACAUCAAGUAAAAUUCAACGUUUUUUCGAUCAGUUGCCUCAAGAAAAAGUGCCUAAAAUUGGAACAACUGGAGAGAAAUUUCGUGACAAGCAACUAGCCUAUCAACUGCCUCGACAAGAUUUAACAAUCAAUUAUUGCAAACAUGUUGAUACAGAACAUCGAGCUUCUUAUGAUGAUUUUAUUGCCGCAAGGAAUGAAAUUGCAUUGGAUGUUGGAUAUGUUAGGGAUGCACCAACAACAGGACAGUGUCAGACAUGUAAUCAAAGCAUCGGUCAAGGUGAAAUGUGCGUUAAUGCACCAAAGCUAGGUGAUGAAUUAAAUUUUCAUCCACGAUGUUUCAAAUGUGCAACAUGCCAUGAACUUCUGGUAGACUUGACUUAUUGUGUACUCGAUGACAAAGUUUAUUGCGAGAGGCAUUACGCUGAAAUGUUAAAACCGCGAUGUUCAGGAUGUGAUGAGAUGUUCAAGAAUAAGCAUCACAACAAAGAAUCGACAAAGAUGAGUGGUCAGGAAGAUUUCGGUCCAUUGUUAGAAGUUCUAGUUACAUGUGUAGGCGCUUUUGAUGUUAUAUCAUUGUUUGCUUAUAUUUUCGACCGAUUACUUGAGAAAAAAUGGCCGAAAGACCUUAACAAUAAUGAUGUCAAAUCUUCACUUGGGAUGCAUGAGAAGUCGCCAAUAUCCGAUUUGGCACGUUCCAUUCCUAUUGUUUUGGUUGAUAACAUUGAACCAUCAAAACGAGAUGAUGAUGUAAUCGAUUCAUUACUUGCAAAAGUGAAUGAACUCGAAACAAAAGUUACGGAACUUGAAAUUAAAUCACGAGAAAAUUCAAUGGAACGUCUUAUCGAAAUCGAACGUUAUCGUCGUUCAAAGAGUCCAUCACCAAACACAAUUAAAAUUGAUUUACUUUCUAAAGACGAUGAAGAUUCAUCAUGUGAAGAUGAGACAAACACGUCAUCAACAGAAUCACGUGAAAAUUCGAUAAAACAUUCAUCGAGAUUGAUCACUUGUGAUGACGAAUUUCGAAAAACAAUUAAAAGAUCAUCGUCACAAAAGUCUCAUGAAUCUCGAGAAGAAGAAUUGAGAGAAUUUUCGAAAAUUGAAGAAAGUGAAGCUCAAAAUAUGAAUGACUUUGUGCCAAUCACGUAUGAAGGUCACGAUGAAUCUCAAUAUCAACGUGGAAUUAGUCCAAUAGAAGAAAUGCCAUCGUGUCCGAUUCAUGGAGAAAUUGAACGUUCGCCUGAACCUGGAAUGUCAUCAUUUACGGACAAACCGUGGGGCGAUAUAAAGAUAGAUGCAUCUAAAAUUAGAAAACUUGAGAAGACAGAACAAUUACGUCGAAGUCUCUCAAUUGAAGAAGAACCUGACAAUGAAGAUCGUUCUUUGAAACACUUUAUCGAAUCAAAGGAAGCUGAAACGAUUGCGGAAACACAAUCUAACAUUUCAAUCUUCCCACAAACUGAAGACGAAAUUGAAUCUGACGAUCUAAAGCAAAACAUCCAAAUAGAAGCUGUCAAUGUUAACGAAGAAUUUAUUAUGAAAGAAAAAAACAAUUCUAGAAUGUUAGUUAAACAAGCAAAUGUCAUUUUUUCUGAAGAUGAAAUGGAAGAAGAAAAAGUCAACGAACUGAUCCCAACACCAACCCCUGUUGUUGAUGUUUACAAUGAUCCGAUAAGUGUGCAAAAUAGUUUGAGUGAAAUCAGCACAUUGCCAACAUCAGUUGACGUUCAACAAGAUGGAACAUCAAUGGAGAAUUCAAGUAGCUCUUCAUCGUCAUUGAAUAUCGACAAGCAAUCAUGUAUAAGCGAUCGGGAUAUUGCAGUACGUUCAUCAACACCUGAACCUGAAGUAAGUAUGAUUAAAACAAUCAUCACAAAUAUUGAUGAAGAACAUGAAAAACGCCUUGACACUGAAAUAUCUACGAUAACUAACACACCAGCAUCUAAUGAAGCAGACAUCGAAGAAUCACAAAAGACAAAACUUUGCAUUAAUUUACUUGAUAGAAAUGCUAGUAGGUCUUCAUCAAGAUUGAGUUCAUCUAAGAAAAGCAAAAGUCCAAGUGUCGCCAGUGUCGCCAGUGAAGACGAUUACAAGGAAUGGUUCGAUAAGUUUGAUAAUCAUUUCAGUGCUAACUUGACACUUCCAGAGAGAGAUGAUGAAGAAUUUGAUUCUGAUGUGGAGGAAAAUCUUCUUAUGAAUAUUGAUGAUGAAAAUUUAAGCGGUGCUGAGAUUUGUAAGAUAGAAGAUGAAGAUGACGUUGUUGAUACAUCAAAUGUCUCAAUAUCAGUCACACUCAACCUUAAGAAAUCAUCCAAUGUUGGAAUUGAAAGCCAGAAAACAUUUAAAACCCAAGAAUUUCUUGAAAUGGAGCGAUUUCGUGAGAACACUAGACGAAAGACUUCCAUUGUCCCAUUUACAGAAGAACAGGAGAAAAAUUUCGUGUCUGUCUUGCAUCCCGAAGAGUUUCCGAAAGAAAAUGAAACGAUUAAGACAGAACAUCGUCAACGUCAUGAGCAUUUGCAUAACGUCGGAUACAAUGAAUGGAUGAAGAAAUUUGUUGACCAUCAUUCAUCACAUUUAGCUACAAGUGACAGUGAUAGCGACUCUGACAUCGCUCUUGACGAAAUUCAUAUGUUGCCGUUGUUUUGUAGUGAGAAACAAAUCUCAUUGCUUGUUGAAAUUAGAAAAAUUAAGAAGCGAUUAAUUAGAAAAAGAGAAAAGAAAUUUAUCACAAUGACCGACGUCGAAGUUAUGCAAACAAUUGAUAUCAAAAAAUCAAAGAAGAGUAAAAAAUCUAAAAAAGAAAUUCAAGUCGAUGAUCAAGAUGGCGAGUAUACAAAAGCGAUGUCAAAAGACUGGCAUUCGGGACAUUUCUGUUGCUGGAAUUGCGACGAGAGUCUCACCGGUCAACGUUACGUGCUGAGAGACGAGCACCCUUACUGCAUCAAGUGCUAUGAAAGUGUCUUUGCAAACACUUGCGAAGAGUGUAAUUCAAUCAUUGGAAUUGAUUCUAAGGACUUGAGCUACAAAGACAAGCAUUGGCAUGAAGCAUGCUUCUUAUGCCAAAUGUGUCGCAUCUCUCUCGUCGACAAGCAAUUUGGAUCUAAGUCAGAUAAAAUUUAUUGCGGAAAUUGCUAUGAUUCUCAAUUUGCUUCGAGAUGUGACGGAUGUGGUGAAGUUUUCCGAGCCGUUAAAAUGUCUGCGGAUAUUCUUGCUCGUGAUUUGAAAUCGCGUUUACACUUGAGAACCAAAACUGUCGGCGCCGAAAGAAUCCAACGCGCCAAGGAUAACAAUGAAGAUGUCGCAAUCUUAUCGAUGUUUCUGCCGGGAUCGGCUGGAGAAGCAGAAAAUCGUCGUUUCCGAUGUGCUAUGAUGGAAGAUUGCUUCCUUGGUGAUUAUAGACAAGCGACACCAGGCACGAAGAAAAUGGAAUAUAAAACUCGUCAAUGGCAUGAAAAGUGUUUCUGUUGUUGUGUCUGUAAGACUCCCAUUGGAACCAAGUCUUUCAUCCCUCGUGAACAGGAAAUUUACUGUGCUGGCUGUUAUGAAGAUAAAUUUGCCACGCGCUGCGUAAAAUGUCAAAAGGUCAUCACAACAGGUGGUGUUACUUAUAAAAACGACCCAUGGCAUCGCGAGUGUUUCACUUGUACACAUUGUCAAAUACCUUUGGCUGGACAACGCUUCACUAGUCGAGACGAAAAGCCUUACUGUGCUGAUUGCUUUGGUGAACUUUUCGCUAAGAGAUGUACUGCUUGCACUAAACCAAUCACUGGUAUUGGCGGCACUCGUUUCAUCUCAUUUUAAGAUCGUCAUUGGCACAAUGAUUGCUUCAUUUGUGGUCUUUGCAAGUCAUCGCUUGUUGGUCGUGGUUUUAUCACAGAUGAAGAAGAAGACAUCAUUUGUCCAGAUUGUGCUAAGGCGAAGUUAAUGUCAUCAUAAGAUAAUCAAUAAUCCAUCCGAAGAUUUUGUUUUACAUGUUUUAGCACCCACACAACUCAUUCAGUUGAUUUGUCACUUGCUGAGAGAUUUUUUUAUCCUUAUUACCUUUUUUCGUAGAUAUGAAAUGUGUUAUGAAAUGUAGAAAGAAAGAAAAAGCGAAGAAAUCAUUUACUUAUCAAUGAAUUUUUAAUUAACGACAAAUCUAACAAGAAAACUAUUCAUUAAUAAAACAAAUAUAAAGAUUAAUCCACAACUAAUUCGAUCAGAGAUGAUUUAAAAAAUGAAUAUGUUAGACGAUCAUUGAAUGAUCGUAAAUUUGAGCUUUUUGUACACCGGCGAUAGUUUAACGACCAGAUUAAAGCACAAAAACUCUCUGUCAUAUAUUAAAUAAGGCAAUCAAAGUCAUUUCAAUCUUAAAUAUUAUGCAGGGAUGUUCUUGACUUUUAUUUAUUUUGAUAUGUGUCAAUUGUUAUUAAAAUAAAAAGAAAAUGUAUUUAAAUAUCUAUUUCCGUGUAUUAAAAGCUUGGAAUGUGAUGGUGAUCGGAAAUGGUAGUUUUUGUCUUGAGUCAUCUGUCCGAGACACCAUCAUAAAUAAGAGAAGAACAUUAAGAAGUCACAUUGCCCUAAACAGUGAAAUAAUCAAAUUAAAAAUUCAUAGACUUUGGGGGUCUGUCUAAAUAAAUAUUUAAUUAAUACAAAAGAGUAGAUUUAUUAUCUAAUUCAUGAAAUUAAAAGCGAUUAAGAUGUUAAAUCAUCAUGUAGGAGUGAAAUUUGUAGUCAAACACAGUUGAAUGAGAGGAUGAAACCAAUCAAAUUAAAUAAUUCAUUAAAAUGGCAUUUAACUUAACAAACAAAAACUAAUUUAUUACAUUAAUUUGAUAAAUCAUUUUUAUUCUUUUUAUUUCUGAUUGUUGAGGUUUUGUACAUAAUUAAAGAUUACUUUUUAUCUUCUGUAGCGAUAAUUUUCAUCUCUUUUGUCAAACGUGUGAAAUGUUUUUGGAAAAUUUAACAUAAAUGUUAUUAGAAAUUAUUGAACGAAAAAAAUUUGUACACAUAUUUCAGUUCACGACGGCCUACAUUCACAUGACGUUGCCUUUUUCUACAAAAAAAAGAACGAGAUUAAAUUAAAUUUAACAGAAAGCUCAUCGUGAAUGGCGUUUUGAAUGCUCAAGGAUCUGAAUGUUAAUUGAAAUUUAAGCUUGCAAGUUAGUAACGCCAUUCACGAUUGAAAAUAUUUGUUAACGUCUAAAUUAUGUUUUUCGAUGUUUAUGUUCGGUAAUUUCAUAAUUUAGCUUUUAAUUGGCAGCUUUAAACAAACCAAAAUUAGGAUUUCACUCUUUAUCUCUUUAGAUGCAUGCACAUCUGUAAAAAACGCGAAGAUACUAACAAAAGGAAAACAAAUGUUGGUUGAGUAAAUCGCAUGCUUUCAAACAUUGACAAAUUUCAUUAAUAUUAAGAUUGUGGCCUUUUUGCGCUUUAUGUUCUAGAGUGUGAAAUAAAAUAUUUACCAAUUCCUAAUAUGGAAAACUAAAUUAAGGACAGCUAUGUAUAUCUUUUGCGAAAAUGAAAAUUGAUGAAAAAUAUUUUGGAGAAAUAAAUGCUAUUAAUACAUACA